CAUGCGCAUGCUGUGGGAUAUGAAAUCAUCGCCAGUGUAGGUACCUGUAAACGACGGAGAAAGCAACUCGCUUAAUGGUGGAGAUAUGGCUGGGCGAGGCGUUACAAAAGUUGUCAACAGGUGCGAACAGGCGAAAGAAAAUCGACGUCUGGACCUGUCAGAGUGCCAGCUCACUCAGAUCCCAGAUGCUGUAUACCUGCUGAUGAGGAACACCGAGCUUGAAACAUGUGACAUCUCACUGAAUCUUAUCAGAAGAGUUCCUGCCAAAUUUGGUACCAAGUUCCCCCAUCUCAUGGAGCUUCACAUCAAUGGCAACAAACUGACGUCUCUUCCCGACGAGCUCCGUGACAUGCACAGCCUGAAGGUGCUGGACAUAUCCUGCAACAGCUUCGAGUCAUUUCCCUCCGUCAUCUUCACCUUCAACAAACUGCGGAAUCUCAAUGUGGAAGACAACAGCAUAACAGAUGUUGACACGAGUCGGCUGCAGUCCAUGACGUCGCUGGUGGAAGUAAACCUGCAGGAUAAUCCCUUGACCUUGACCUCUUAUCGUAGCCUGAUGGAGAUACGGCUCUAUACUGUCCUACUCACACCUCAAGACAAAGAGUUAGACUCUGUGGACUGACUUUGAAGUGUGUUACCUCAGACUUUUCACAUGAGUGGCCAGUCAGCUGUCUACAAAAGCCAAUGUUUCUUUCUACUUGGGUCAUCGAUCAAAGUGCUGCUGUGAAUUCUGUUUCUAUUUAAUAAACAUUGUUUUUACCCAGGUAGGAUUUAUAUUGCACCUUUUACAAUAGUUCAAAAGAUGGUGAUAGGAAACUGAGAAAUAUGAGGGAAUGCUGUUUGUGUGCAUGUUUAUCUUUUAAAAGCAAUGUUCUACUGUGAAUUUGGAAAACAACUGAUUCUGAGAGGUAUAUCAGGUUUCAAACCACUAUAAUACCCCUGAUGGAUGUUCCAUAAGAGCUAUGGAAAAUGAUUCUUUUGUAUUGUGGGAAUUUUAAAAUAAUAUAUGUGGAAUAAUACAUUUCAAAAUACAGAGUGGUUACUUCAAUAUUAAAAGUAGGAUUAGCCAUACCUUUUGGGCCAAAACAAAAUAGAAAACAACUGAGAGCGUAUUUGUGAUUUAGAGAAAAACAAGGGCUGGAAAUUAGUCCCUUUUCUGUGAAAUGGUGACUACUAUUUUUAUAUCUAAAUUCAAUUAAUUUUGCUUCAAAGUAGAGGUAACAUGGCACUACAUGUGCAUUGAAAACAGAGUAUUUUCAUCUCAUUAGUUAAUUUGGUGCCAGGCAGGGUAUUUUUAAAACUUUUACUGAUGCUGUGGUACAAGUAUAAUCCUAAUAAGGCCAGACCAAUUUUAAUUCUUGUUUUACAAAUCCGCCGGUCAUAUUUUGUCAAGAAUAAGAAAAUAAAAUAAAAUAAUUUUCCCCUUCCAAAAAUAAAAUUCUCAUGUUUUUAUAGCCCAAAAAUGUAAACUUACAA